AUGCUUCCUCCUCCUUCUGAAGUAUACAAAUGUGCCGAUGAACUUUUUCAGAGUAUACAAAAAUUUACAAAUUCUCAAGGCUAUGCAUUAGUUAAAAAAAGAACUUGGAAAGAUGAGUGUGGUAAAUUAAAAAAUAUGACAUUACGUUGUGACCGGGGUGGUGUUUAUAGUAACUCUCUUGAGUUAUCUAAAGAAACAUAUAGUAGACAAAAAAGCACUAGAUUAAUAGACCAUCUUUUUAAAUUGUGGCAUCCCAUUGUUCGUCGACUCACAGAACAACAGAUAGAAAAUGUUGUAUUGAUGACUAUUGCUGGUUCAAGUCCCCAUGAAAUUGUAUUAACAAUUCAACAAAAUAAUCCAUCAGCACUAGCAUUAGUAGAUGAGCUUCAAGAGGAUGAUUUUUUGUAUAAGUACAAAUGUGAUAAUACCGGUUCUGUUACUCACUUGUUUUUUGCAUAUAAAGAAUCAACUUGUCUUAUUCAUCAAUACCCUACAGUAAUUCUUAUUGAUUGUAUCUACAAAACAAACAAAUUCAAAAUGCCAUUAUUAAGUAUUGUAGGUAUAACCAGUUUCAAUACAACCUUUUAUACUUGCUUCAUGUUCAUGAAAAGUGAAGAAGAAACAGAUUACAAUUGGGCUCUAACAAAUGUUUUAGGAUUGUUUGACGAAAUAGAGAAGCCCAGCAUCAUUGUGACUGAUAGAGAGUUGGCUCUCAUGAACACUCUCAGAAUGAUCUUUCCUAAUUCAACAAAUAUACUUUGUCAAGGUUUUCUCGCAAAAUGGAAUGAUAUUAUUCAAUCUAAUACAGAAGACGAAUUUGAUGAAAAAUGGAUAAAUUUCUAUACUACCUAUAUUAACAAACCUAGUGUAGUUUCAAUUGAUAACUAG